AUGCAAACAAUCAAGUGUGUUGUUGUCGGUGACGGCAUAGUCGGUGCCUACGGAAUGAACAUCAAAGAAUAUUAUGAUCGCCUCCGUCCUUUGUCUUAUCCUCAAACAGACGUAUUCUUGGUCUGCUUUUCUGUAGCCUCACCAGCUUCUUUUGAAAAUGCUAAAGAAAGAUGGUUCCCCGAGGUUCAUCAUCAUUGUCCAGGAAUUCCAUCCCUGAUUGUCGGUACUCAAAUAGAAUUGCGGGAAGAUCCAUUAGUGAUUGAAAAAUUAGCACGGCAAAAGAUGAGACCCACAACUUCGGAGGAAGGUAAAAGACUCGCUCGAGAAUUAGGAGCAGUUAAAUAUGUUGAGUGUUCAACAGUUACGCAAAAAGGCCUGAACAAUGUUUUUGAUGAAGCAAUAGUCGCUGCAUUAGAACCACCGAAAUCACAACUUGAAUGGAUUAAUUUUGACAAAUUAAAAAACAUUGAAAUUAUUGGUAAAGGCGGUUCCAGUACUGUAUAUUCAGCAAUUUACAAGAACCGAACCGUUGCACUUAAAGAAUUUUUUGGUACUCAGGAUGGGUCAACACAAUUUUUGGAAGAGGUAUUUAUUUAG